GAUAGAGGAAUUUCAGGGGCGCGAAAAGUAGAUCCGUCUACCUUUUCCUGUUUGGACCUGUUUGGUACAAUAUUUAUUUAAUAGAAAACCAGUGAUCAUCAUUCACGUCAUUCAUUCUCAACCCUCCUUCCUUUUCGUGCGUCAAUCAAAUGAAAAACCCUCGCUAUCGGGAUUCUCAGCCGCCGCAACAACCACCGCAAUGUUCCGAUGUCUUGGCUGCUUCGCCUCCACCGUCUCUUCAUCCUAAAGGAGAGAACAGUUUGAAAGAAACGGUGAUGAGUGUUACUUUGUCUCUCUGGUGUAUUCUGGAUGAUUGGGUUGACCUUAUCUUUGUCUAUAUCAAUUUCGAAAUCUGGUGCUGGAAAUGUCGCAAAACAUACCCUUCCUUAAAAGAGAAACUCUACAGAUUCAGUGUGUUCAAGAAAAGUUUUGAAGAGAAUGACUCAAUGCCGAACGGUUUGGGUGAUCUAACAGAAGAUGAAUUCCUUUUACGUUUUGGAUGUUAUGAAGACUCUGACAGUGAAAACGAAUUCUAUGAAAGCUUUAACUCUGACAGUGAAGAUGAAUAUUUUUCUUUAUUGUAUUCCUUAGAUUAGUUUUAACUCUCUGUGUUGUGUGUGUGGAGUUGGUAAUGAUUGAACAAGGGAACAACCGAUACUCUUUAGUUUAAUUCCCAGCAACUCUUUUAAGUUUGGAGAGGUAAUCUCUCUAAACAUUAAUUAACAUUGAGUGAGGAUUUUGAAAGAUUAAACUUGAGAGCAUGAAUGUAUUAAACUCAAAAAGAAAUAGUAUAAAGUGGAUUAGGCAGGGAAAA